AUGUGUUGUUUAAAUAUUCUUAAUUCUUCAUGUUCUACUGCUAAAUAUUCUGAUUUUUUAAAAGAAUAUUCAACAAAGAAUGGUUACAAUAACAAAAAAAUAUUUAGCAAAAGUUUGAUUAUAAAAAUGUUUGAUUAUUUAAGCAAUCAUAAUUUUCCUCCAAAACCUGCUACUAGAUUAUCUAAUUUUCUAAAAGAACAUCCACCAAAGAAUAGUUAUAAGGAUAACAGUCAAU